GCGUUGUUCCGCAUCCGCAAUUACAUGGGGACUCGACCGAUCUUGAAUCGUCCUUUGUAUUCUAUAUUUAAUUAAUAAAUUCACUUAUAGAAAAAUUAUAAAAAUUUGAAAGAAAACAGUAUUUGUUAUAUAUUCUAAGAAAUUAAAUACGAUAAUACAUUCUUAUUUGAUACAUUAAGAGAAAUUUACAUGAAAAAAAUAUGAGUACGAAUAAUAAUAGUAUCAAAUUUAUUCCUACGUUUGUAAAAAUGAAUGAGACGAAGAGCCACACUUCAAAAUUAAAUUUCCAUCAUUAUGAACUUAAUUGGACAAUACAAGAUUUUGAAUUCAUUUGCAAGCACAUUAAAACAAUUGAAUCACCUAAAUUCACAUCAUCGGAAAGCUCAACCAAUUGCCAAUGGUUUCUAAAGCUGGAACUUACAGAAUUAAAGGAAAACAGUGCAGACCAAUUUUUAUUUCAUUUAAGAAACACCAAAAAUAUUAAAGCACGUAUUAAUGUUAAAAUUUCAUUUUUCGACAAUCAAUCGGACAGUCGAUUAGUUCUAUCUUUUGGAUCAAUAUCCGUGCUGACUUCUCAAUCUUAUUCCUUUAAAAUAAGUGUAUCUGAAUUAUGUAAAAAAUUCGGCAACGCUAUACCAAGAAAUGUGAUUGUCAGAUGCGAACUUAGUGUUUUUGAUUCACUAACAACUGUUGAGGAAGAACCGCCAGUUAAACGGAGAAAAUUGAACGAUUUAAUGGAAAAUAUUACAAGUUUACUCGGUAAUGAAAAUUUCAAAGAUGUUACGUUCAAAGUAGAGGAUAAGGAAUUCACAGCCAACAAAACGAUACUCGCCAUUCGAAGUCCCGUCUUCGCUGCGAUGUUCAACAGCAAAAUGAGUGAAGAGCUAACGUCGAUUGUUCAAAUAAAGGACAUAAAGCCGGAAAUUUUUCAACAGAUGCUGAAUUUUGUCUACAAUGUCGAAGUUGAAGACUUGGACAAAGUGGCACUGGAAUUAUUUUACGCGGCCGAAAAAUACCAAUUGGAAGAAUUGAAGACUAAUUGCAUCAAUUCUUUGUGCAAAAAUCUGUCUGAAAAAACAGUUUUUGACACUUUGGAAAUGGCCGAUUUGUAUUCACUCUCGGAUUUAAAGUCCGAAUGUCUAAAACUAUUGUUCACAAAAUGGGAUGUAAUUAGUGAGACAAAAGAGUUCAAAAAUCUAAUACAAAAUCGACCGUAUUUAACAGUUGAAAUUGUGAACAUGCGUAAAAAAUUAGAUAAACAAGAAAAUGCAGAAAGUAACAAGUCUCUAAAUUUGCCAUUUGUUUUUCGUUGUUAAAAUUUGUUUCUAAUUUCUUAAUAUAAUUAUUCAUCGUUGUUUUGAGUGUUAUAAACACUAUAAUAAAUAAAUAUUGUCAGGAAUAAAAAUCCAAUAAAUAUUAAAACAAGAAUUACUAACAACUCUUAUUAAGUCUUCGUAGAAUCAGAAAUGUGAUAUUUCUUAUUUAGUAUUAAUAGGACUAACGCAUAUUGAUGUAUUGUAUUGUAAGUCAAAUAUAAUUUUGUAAAUUGUGUGAAAUAAAAAUCUAUUUCUAUUAAAA